AUGAAUAGUGGGAGCAGCAACUUGGAGACUCGUUCUCUUCUUGAUGAACUCAGUACCUUUAACAAAGGAGGCCUCUUCGACUUUGGACACCCUCUUGUUAAUCGCAUUGCUGAGAGUUUUGUCAAAGCUGCUGGUAUCGGUGCAGUUCAAGCUGUGUCACGUGAAGCUUAUUUCACUGCUAUUGAAGGUGCUGGAAUUGAUAAUAAUGCUGGUAUGCCUGCAGAAAUUUCUACCACCAACAGACACCGUUUACAUGGUCUUAGAGGAGAAACCAGCAGUAAAUCUAUUGAGGCAAUGGUAAAAAAUACAGGAAAAGAGUCCUUCCAAUGGGGAUUGGCUGCAGGACUAUACUCAGGACUGACAUAUGGGAUGAAGGAAGCUCGCGGAGCACAUGACUGGAAAAAUAGUGCAGUUGCUGGAGCAAUAACUGGUGCAACACUUGCACUAACAUCAGAAGAUUCAUCUCAUGAACAGAUUGUGCAAUGUGCUAUUACUGGUGCAGCAAUUUCAACUGCUGCAAAUCUUCUAACAGGGAUAUUCUAG